UAUCCAAUCACAGGCGUUGUCAUUUCGUCGUCCUCCAGCGCUGGGUCACAUCCGGUCGUAUAUAUGUUGCCACGAGUUAGCGGCGAAUUUGGAGAGUGUCCAUUUUGAGCAGCGAGUCGGCGUCUCCGGUAUUUUUUUCCUCCCAUUUAAAUCUCUUGAAGAGCCCAACGUCAGAAUGGCAGAUGCUGAGAAUCUCCUCAUGGAGACAUCAGACCAGAACGGCAACGAGGGAGAGGAUGACCAGAACGGAGCUGAGCAGGAGCUGAUGGGUGGCGAGGACGACCAGGAAUGUCAGGACAGCCAGGAUGGUCAGGACGGCCAGGACGGCCAGGACAAUGGAGCAGAUGGAGGCAAGAUUGACGCUAGCAAAGGAGAGGAGGAUGCUGGCAAAAUGUUCGUUGGCGGUCUGAGCUGGGACACGAGUAAAAAGGACCUGAAGGAUUACUUCAGUAAGUUUGGCGAGGUUUCUGACUGCACCAUCAAGAUGGACUCAAACACCGGCCGAUCCCGAGGCUUCGGCUUCGUUCUCUUCAAAGACUCCUCCAGUGUAGACAAGGUGCUGGAGCAGAAGGAACACAGACUGGACGGACGUCCGAUCGACCCCAAGAAGGCGAUGGCCAUGAAGAAGGAGUCAGUUAAGAAGAUCUUUGUUGGGGGGUUGAACCCUGAGGCGACUGAGGACACCAUCAGGGAAUAUUUCGGAGCCUUUGGAGAGAUCGAAACUAUUGAGCUUCCCAUCGACCCAAAAUCAAAGAAAAGGAGGGGGUUCAUCUUCAUCACAUACAAAGACGAAGCCUGCGUCAAGAAGUGUCUGGAGAAGAAAUACCACAACAUCCAGGGCGGCAGGUGUGAGCUGAAGAUCGCCCAGCCAAAGGAGGUGUACCAGCAGCAGCAGUAUGGAGCAGGACGUGGCGGCGGUGGCGGCUAUGGAGGCCGGGGAGGCCGGGGCCGUGGAGGUCAGAACCAGGGCUGGAACCAGGGCUAUGGAAACUACUGGAACCAGGGAUACGGCAACCAAAGCUACGGUGGUGGCUACGGUGGUGGCUACGGAAACUAUGACUACUCUUCUGGUUACUAUGGAUAUGGUCCCGGAUAUGACUACAACCAGGGCAACGCAAGCUAUGGGAAAACCCCAAGACGAGGGGGGGCACACCAGACCAGCUACAAACCAUACUGAUGAUCACAUGGCGGUGCCAGGACUCCAGUGAUCCGCUGAGACUGACGGCUGGACGGACGCACGGGGCCGGACUCUACCUUUUAUGACAGACGACCAUUUGUACAGAAAACAACUGAAAUGUAACUUUUCUUUUUUCCCCCCGUCUUUUUUUUUUUUUAUCAUUUUAAGGUUUUACUUUUCCCCUUUGGUGUUCGUUAUUUUUUUUUUCUUCCCCUCCACAUUUCCAUCAAUGGAAGUGUAAUUUUUACUGUACUUUUUGGUACCUGUUUUGAUUCUAAUGUAUUGUAAGGGUUGUAUUUUACAUGUUUGCUGGCUUUACAGGUUUAAAAUCUUGGCGCUUGUAAAGGAGCUUUUUUGACAAAUAAAAAAAAACGUUUUCAGUA